CUCAGAUGUUUACCGUUCUGGCCGCCAAAGGACAACGAAUCACGCGCGCUAGCACCGACGCCCGAAUACCGCAGACGUCCCGACGCGAACGGUACAACGACACGAUUAUCAUGUAUCUUAAUUGUACUACCAACAGGGCUUGCUCUCGCGUCCCUACUUGGCACCAGUCACGUCACGGCUGGCACCAGCUCGAGCGCGUCGUACGGCCCCAUGUCUGCAGUCGCAAGGACAGAGCAAGUAGUACCGAACGCCUCUCCAACAAAGCUACAGCAAGCUGUCAAUGUCGCCAGUCUCUGCUCAGUCAAGUGAAUCGAGCAAGCGGUGCCGGCUACAACCCCACACAAGACUGCACGAUCACACCCAAACGCGUCGAUGCCACGGUCCUACGUCGUCUGCGACAUGUGACAUUGCUGCAACGAAGACGGCGUCAGUUCACAAUCCGCAAUGAGCAAGGGUCUGCCGCUGCCGCCGGGCUUCUUCCGGUGCCCACCGCUGCGGAACGCCGACGUGCAGCACCUCCGGUCGAUCGCGGACGAGGCGUGCGCCGACACGAUUGCAAACGCGCUUGCAAUGGCCAAGCUGCCGCCCAAGAAGGUGGUCGCCCACCCACGCACGAAGCGCCACGUCCAGCUGCACCACGGCCCCGACUUGCGCCAGCCCGAGCUCGACGGGAUCACGGGCGUGACGCAAAUCGCUACGAAUUACGACGAGCUCCAUAACUUUUACCACCUCCAAACGGCCAAGCAAGUACGGACGUACAGCAAGGUCGCGAGUCAAACACUCCUGGACCGCGUGACGUUGUAUACGCUGGAGCGGUCGACGUCGCCGUUUCGGGUCACGAGUGUUGUCUGGGCCGCGAUCGAGACGCCAAUCCUCAAGCUAUUGCCGGGGGCCAUCGCCAAGCGCGACACGUGCUACAUCGAGUGCAUUCGGGACGUGACUGUGGUUGACGGCGACCGCGUUCGCCGUGGCUUUCUCCGCGUCAUCAACUCGAUUGAACUGGCGUGUUGUCCGUCGCUUGAAGCGUCGCACGGCCUUGCUCGCGGCCAGCUCUACCGGUCGGGCCAUAUCUUGCUCGAGUCGCUGGACCACGACGGGCUCUUUGACUUUUAUUCAACGUAUGGCGGCGAUGCGAGUGGUUCGAUCCCGCGCUCGAUCAAGCUCAAGGCCAUGGAGCAUUUUGUCGGCCAGAUGCUGCGCGUCGAAGACCAUUUUUGCCAAGACCGAAUCACAACGCGUCUCGCGAUGCAGCAACGCGCAUUUGUGGCGCCGGCGCCGUUUCGCGCCAAAGCCCCAUUUUGCGAACUCUGUUUCAAAAGUUUCCAUCUGCUCUCGCAAAAACUCCAGUGUUUUUUCUGCCACAAGAUGGCGUGCAAGCGCUGUGCCCAUGUUCUCCAGGCCGAGACCAUGGCGUUUCCAAAGAAAAUUCGAGUCUGCACCACCUGCUACUGCCCGACAUCGCGCCGCCGCACAACAACGACAGUCCACAGCGACACACUCUCGGACGAGGCCAGCAGCGUCUACACCGUGGGUGGUCCCAUCGCACUCGAUGACGACGAUGACAAGCCGCGUGCGAUUCAACUAUACCCUCAAAACGAGAGGCGCCGAAGUUCGAUGACACAACCCACCAUGAUAGACGACGACGACGAGUGGGGGUUUACGCGCACAACAACGGCCCUCUCCGUCCUCGACUCGCGGUCGUCCUUUAGCUCGUACGCACCGUCGGUUGUCGCACCGUCCGCCACCGGCGCCGGCGAUAGCACACGCGGGCAGUAUGGCUAUUACUAGUGUGCUCAUGUGGCAUAUUUUGUAUGGAAACUACUAUGGUGUACCGAUGCGAGAUGCAGUUGGAUAUCGACUAUAGACGAUAACGUCCAUCAACAAAUGUGUAGAGCCAAAUAUACGUUUAGUACCUUAGUCGAAUGGUAUAUUGCACAAUACUGCGGCUAGAGCCGGA